GUCAACUUCUGUUCCACCUUUCUUGUUGAAUGCUGACACGACGUCUUAUCUCAAACGCAAAACAAAUCGAAGAACCAAAAUAACAUCGGUCUAACGAUUUUCGUUGCGUAUUUACUUACGCGUCACUGUAUAAGAGGUAGACAAACAACAGCUUAGAGGCAGAGAUGAAGAAUUGAUUUUUCUUCAUCUACAAAGACGGUUCCUACACCUAUGUGCUUUUGGACCGGAGGUCAAUCCGUGCAUACUCCGUACUGGUAGUUCGGUAAUUAGCUAAUCGAUCCGGUGAUUCCAUUCAACAAUGACGAGAUGGCUCUCGAGCUGAGUGUUUUGACUCUGAACAUUUGGGGAAUCCCAUACGUGUCCAAGGACCGGGCCGUGCGAGUUGAGGCCAUCGGUGAUGUACUAUCCAGUGGCAACUACGAUAUCGUAUCGCUGCAGGAAGUUUGGUCCGACAGCGAUUAUCAGUAUUUGAAGAAGCGGGUCGAAGGAGUGCUUCCAUUUGCUCAUUACUUUUACAGCGGAGUUGUCGGAUCCGGACUAGCUUUACUCUCCAGAUACCCAAUAGUAUCGGCCUUGUUUCAUGCAUGGUCGGUCAAUGGAUAUGUGCAUCGGAUACAACACGGGGACUGGUUUGGCGGGAAGGGGGUUGGACUCGCCAAGAUUGCCGUCAAUGAUCAGCUGGUGAACGUGUAUGCUGCUCAUCUCCAUGCCGAGUACGAUCGUAAAUGUGACGACUACAUGGCCCAUCGGGUGAUCCAGGCGUACGAUACGGCUCAGUUCAUCGAAAGCACCCGGGGCAAUGCGGUAAUGCAGAUUCUGGCCGGAGAUUUGAACACCGAACCGGGAGAUCUUGCGUAUCGAGUGCUUCAAACCAACGCUAAACUGAUCGAUACUGCUGACAAGAAACUGUAUGCUGCCGGUCAUCUGGGAACGAACGAGAUUGGCCGAAACAGCUACACCGAUCCAGAAACGGGCAAAAAGUAUCCUCAGGGAAAGCGAAUCGACUACAUAAUGUAUCGAAUUGGGGAACAUUUCGAGGGUCGUCUGCUGGAACAUCGUCUUCCUCUGCCGGAUCGCAUCCCAGGAAAGGAUAUUAGUUACUCGGAUCACGAGGCGGUCUAUGCCAAGAUCAUCCUGAAGAAGACGAAUUCAUCAACAAUUCAACAACUGAUGGCUUGUGGUAGUGGCGAGGGGUCACACGGGAAGUGCGAUUAUAAUGACCAGGAGACGAUUCUUGCUCUGAGGGAAAGUAUCGUUAUUUGUAACGAAAGUCUGAAGCAACUGGAUUCGCACAAGCGAAGCUACACGCUGAUGGCGAUCGGGGUGAUUAUCGUUUUGCUCAACAUGCUCGAACUGGAAGCCCCUUAUGGUUUGAAGAGUGCGUAUCUGCUGCUGAAGUUCCUGCUAUGUGGGUUCGUAAUUUUCUUCAUCUUCAUGGCGACGAUUUGGAACGUGAUGGAGAAGCAUGGAAUCCUGGCCGGAAAGCUAUCGAUGGAGAUUGCACUGAAGGGGUACAAAGAUGUUGGGUUCAUCGAGCAUCACGGAGGUGGCCCGGAUAUUGCUCAUUAGAAUUGGAGUUAGGACGGCACGUUUCAAUUGACAAAGUAGUAUUUCAAAUGUAAAAUAAUGCAUUUGACUGGAGAGCUCGCACUGAUUUUUGAUCUUCUGCUGCAUGAUUUUUAGAUAAUAGGACAAUCGAUUUUAAUUGACUUUACACCGUUCUGAUUAUGAUAAAGUAUGAGCCAAAUCCAUCUAAAUAUUUGUACAUUAAUUAUAUAUUAUAUAAUUCUGGUAAAGAAAGUCUCACUGAAUGAAUCCGUUAUAAGAACAGACACGUAUCAUUGCUCCAACUAUGUAAUAGUAUUUUAAAUCAUAUAUCAAAAAUAAACGGACAUACUAACUUA